AUGUCUGUUUUUUCAUCGUUGUUUUCAAGAGAUCCAAAAGCACAUUUUGCUUAUGACUUGCCUAGCAUCAGUUUUGCUUCAUUCAAUGGAAUUUCGAUUGGCAAAAGUUUUAAAAAGGCUGAUACAUCGGAAACAGCAACCUGCUUUUGGGCAUCUUUGAAAAUUCAGGCACAAAAAUUGAAAACUAUGCGGCAUCCGAACGUGCUCACCUAUUUAGAUAGUAUUGAAGUGGAGGACACAUUUUAUCUUAUUACCGAGCCAUGCAUGCCCCUGGCACUAUACAUUGAAGAAACGAAGUUCAGUGGUUCGCAAAAAGACCUUAUGGCGUCUUGGGGCUUUUUUCAACUAAUGAAUUGUUUGAAAUUCCUACAUGAUGAGGCACAUUUGAGUCAUGAAAAUAUUAGGGAGUCAGUCUAUGUUACUGAACGUGGUGACUGGAAACUUGGCGGUUUCGACAAAUCUGUUCCUUUCAGCAAUGCACGAAACGAUCUGAAUGCUGUAGGAUUUUUACUUUGGGAAGUUUUCAAUGGAUUCAAUAGAGGAACUACAAAGCCGGGUGCGCCCGGUAAAAUGCCGAAACAGUUACACGAGUUUUACAAAAAAUGCAUAACGUCACAGGGUGCAAAAAUAAGCGUAUCUGAAAUCAGGUUGUUGAAAUUUUUCUUUUCAGACUGCAGGGGAACUGGCGGUGUUUUUAAAAAUCGUUUUGUUGACACACUUCUAUUCCUCGAAGAGUUUCAGUUGAAGGAUCCGCACGACAAACAAGCUUUUUUCACGAGACUAAAUGAUGAAAUAAAUAUUUUUCCUGAUGAUAUAGCAAAAUUCAAAAUAUUGCCGAAAUUAAUUGAGACUUACGAAUAUGGUGAUGCAGGAUCUCAUAUCUUGCUUCCUUUAUUCAAACUCGGAAGAUUGCUUAAUGAAGAGGAAUACCAGAGACGCAUUGUUCCCUGCCUCUGCAAACUUUUCAGUUCUCCAGACCGCGUGACUCGCGUGAAACUGCUAGAAAAAAUUGAUGAAUUUGCUCCUCACCUCACUCCUCAAGUUGUUAAUGAGAAAAUUUUUCCAAACAUUGCUUCGGGUUUCUUAGACACGAAUCCUGCUGUUCGUGAAAGUACUGUAAAGGCAAUGGUUUCUCUGGCUGAAAAACUAAAUUCUCACAACUUGAAUACUGAUUUAAUGAAAUAUCUGGCACGGCUUCAAGGUUCGGAUGACCAACCGGGUAUACGGACAAAUACCACUAUUUGUCUGGGAAAAAUUGGUUGCUAUAUAGAACCUUCACAGAGACAGCGGAUUUUAAUUAGUGCAUUCACACGGGCCAUGAAAGAUCCUUUUCCUCCUUCUCGUAUUGCGGCAGUCUUGGCAUUAAGUGCCACUCAACAGUAUUACUCAUUAGUCGAAGUCGCAAACAAGGUGUUACCAUCGCUUUCGCCACUAACUUGUGAUCCAGAAAAACAGGUUAGGGAUCAAGCUUUCAAAGCUUUGCGAGGAUUCUUAGAAAAGUUAGAAAAAGCUAGUGAAAAUCCAGAAAUGAUUCCAGAACUUGAAGCUCAAGUGCAAGCUGGUGGAAAGAGCGGAUUGCUGAGUAAUGAUAAAGUUCCUCUGUGGGCUAGCUGGGCCCUUAAGUCAUUAUCUGGACGGUUUUAUAAAAAUCCUCCUCCUCCUUCUGGCGGAAUAUCUGCCAAUAAGUUAUCAAUACAAGCAAGUAGUAAUAAUUCAAAAUUGGAUGCAGAUUCAGGCAUUAAAGAAGAAAAGCUAAAACCAGAACUUUCUAAAACUGUUACAAAUAGCAGCGAUGGAUGGGAUGAUCUGCGAGAUGAAUUUUUGGAAGUUCGUAAUGAGACUGAGGAGAAUUGGGAGGAUGCUAGCGAGGGUUCUGCUGCCGAAAAAGGUGAUUGGAGUGAUGGUUGGGAUAAUGGCUCAGCAAACAAAGUUGCUCUGGUAUUUACCUCUUACCUGCCUGAUUUGCUUUUAAUCAUUUUCGAAGCAUUAAUUAAAUUUAUUCCAGAAAAUACUUGGGAGUCUAACAAAAGUUCACGUCGAGCGGAAAAUGCUGCUCGCAAUGAAGCUCGACGCAAACAGUUGGCCGAAAAGCGUGCUUUGAAAACUUCAGGCGCAAAACGCCUUGGAACGACAAAGCCGAGCUGA